AUGGCGACAGCAACAUCGACAGCUCCAACCGCAGACGGCGCGGGAGAAAAUCAGCCCAGAGGCGGACAUCGAGGUAGAGGGAGAGGGAGAGGGCAGAGAAGUGGUGAACGAGGCAGAGGUCGUGGAGGUCGAGUUCGAGGUCGUGGCAGAGGAGGACGCGGCGGAAGAGGAAAUCGAGACAGAGCGGCCAGCAACUCGCAGCAGGACUCAGCCGCGCUACAGCCACCACCCCAGCCCGGCGGAAACGGCGUCUUUGGUGCUCGCCUGACCAAAGACGCCGAGGAAAAGAAUACCCAACAAGGCGAGAAGAAUGAGGGUGCGGAUGUUGCUGGGGAUGAUGUUGAGGCCGAGGUCUGCUUCAUCUGCGCUUCUUCAGUCGCACAUCAAAGUGUGGCUCCAUGUAACCACCGCACCUGCCACAUCUGUGCUCUGAGACUGCGAGCAUUGUACAAGACGAAAGCGUGCGCGCAUUGCAGAACCGAGGCCGCGACUGUGAUAUUUACCGAUGACCCAGAGAAGAGAUAUGAGGAUUACGAUGCCAGCAAGGACUUCUUUCGGGAAGACAAGAACUUGGGAAUAUGCUAUGAGAAGCCGGAGAUCUUCGAGGAUACUGUCAUUCUGCUUCGGUACAACUGUCCCGAGGAUGACUGCGAUAGCGCUUGCUUGGGCUGGCCCGACCUGCACCGGCAUGUAAGAAGUGUGCACUCGAAAUGGAUGUGCGACCUAUGCACGCGAAACAAGAAAGUCUUCACACACGAGCAUGAGCUGUUUACGAAACAGGAAUUGCAGCGACAUGAGAAGUUCGGGGACGACAAGCCCGGUGCCAUCAACCAGAGUGGUUUCAAGGGACAUCCGGAGUGCGGAUUCUGUCGUCAACGAUUCUACGGCGACGAUGAACUGUUUGCGCAUUGCAGAGACCGACAUGAGAGAUGUCAUUUGUGCGACAGGCGUACGGGAGGAAACAACCCACAGUACUAUUUGAAUUACGAAGCCUUGGAGCAGCAUUUUGGGAAAGAACAUUAUCCGUGUUUGGAUUCUGAAUGCUUGGAAAAGAAAUUUGUGGUGUUUGACUCGGAGAUGGAUCUCAAGGCUCAUCAGCUGGAGAAUCAUCCAAAUGGUUUGUCAAAGGAUGCCCGACGUGAUGCACGACGAGUUGACAUUUCCGCAUUCAACUAUCGGCCACAGUACGAGGAACCACGACGGGGCGGGAGACGAGGUGGUCGAGGUCGCGAUCCGAACGCCGAGCCCACGCCUGCAUCUUCUGGUGGGCACAUGAGUCGUGCUGAGCUUGCCCACCAGCGAGAGCGUGAAAUCCAUUCUGCCCAAUCUGUGACUGCAAGAUCCUUUGGUGGCUCGCUAUCGCAGCCGGACCCUACUCCAGCGCAGGUGCAGCGUCCAGCACCGAGUCCCAGGCCUGCAAACGCCCAGCCUGUAGCACCGCCUACUGCACCGCAAUCGCCUAGGCCUGCCCCCGCCUUGACGCCAGCAGAUCAAGCAAGACAGCUACGACAUAACGCUGUUACUGAGCGAGCCUCGAAUCUCCUGCGCAACGAUAAGGUCAAACUCGAUGAGUUCCGCGAACGAAUAUCAUCUUACACGAAAGGCGCAAUCAGUGCUGGAGACUUGAUCGAUGCUUUCUUCGCUCUCUUCGACACAGCAUCAGAUCAAUUAGGCAAGCUCAUCAAAGAACUUGCUGACAUCUUCGAGAUACCCGCAAAGCGAGAAGGCCUCCUCAAGGCUUGGUCGGACUGGAAGGCAAUCAACGAAGAUUACCCAUCUUUACCAGCUCCGGCAGGCGCUAAUGCUACAGCUGCCGGCGUACUUGGUUCUGGCCUCGGCAGCUCUCGUGUGUUGAAGCUCAAGAGCUCAACUGCACAGAGCUCGCGAUCCGGAGUUGCAAGACGAUACAAUUCGGCUGCAGCCUCAAAUUCUGCGAAUCAAUUCCCAUCGCUGCCUCCACGCCACGGUGGUCCCGCGCCUAAAGGUCCCGCACCACUCGCGCCAACUCCCAGCUGGCUUGCCGCACAUCCACCUACAUCUACACCUACAUCGCUUUCUAUCACACCCUCUGGAUCUGCUCGAGCCUCGCCAGCGCCCAGCAGAGCUCAAUCUACUGCCAACUUGAGCGGAGCGAAUGCGUUCCCUGCAUUGCCUGUAGCGAAGAAGCCAACCAGCACAGUCUUCAGUCCCGGCUACACUGGAAGAGGAGUCAUUAGAGCUGACUCCAACUACACCGGUGCCAAUGCCUGGACUCCCGGUGGCGCUGCAAAUGGAAGCGGUCCAACAGGUCCUCCGCCAGAGGAUGAGAAUGUUACACGGAAAGGCAAGAAGGGCAAGCAGAUUGUCUUCAAAUGGGGCUGA